AUGUCUACUAUAACUGCACCAUGGGAAGAGCUAAGAAGGCAAGCUCGGACCCUAGAAAAUGACAUAGAUGUGAAACUUGUCGCAUUUAGCAAACUGGGUAUCAGUUCAGGUUCGGCCAAUAUUAAUUCAGAGACUGCCCCUCUCAUAAACAGUGAUGAUAUGUUUGAUACCAUGUCUAUGGAGCUGCAGCAGCUACUUAAUCAGUUAUCAUCAAUAAAUGACAAAAUGGCCGACAUAGCCCCAAGUGGAGCAGCCACAAUGCACACAAUCAAACGGCACAGAGAAAUACUAAUGGACUACCAGCAAGAGUACUCCCGCACGUCAGCCCGCGUGUCGGCGCGGCGCGAGCGCGAGGAGCUGCUUCGGGGCGGCUCCCCGACUCCGCCCGCCGCGGGACUCAGCAGACGCGACCAGUACGCGAAGGAAGCCAACCAUUUGCACAGUUCCCACAUAUUAGUCGAUGAACAAAUAAACAUAGCGAUGGAAGCUCGCGACCACCUCUCCUCGCAACGACAAACCUUCAAACGGAUGCAGACCAGGUUCAACGAUAUCGCUAACAGAUUCCCGAUGUUGAACAGUCUGAUGUUCCGUAUAAACGCUAGGAAGCGUCGCGAUUCCCUAAUCGUGGGCGUGGUGGUAGCGGUCUGCACCUUCCUCUUGCUCAUGUACGCCUUCCAUUGAAACUGUGAUCCGAUAAAGACUGUAGUUAACUAGAUUUUAAGGUAACGUAUUAUAGUGAACUAAGGCGCUUCGAUUUGACAACCAUAUUGAAUACGAUGUCCAGUCGUAGGUGUGGUGAAGGUUAAAGGCGGAAACACAUUGUUAAAACGCGACGUAACGCAACGUGUCGACACCCGAUUUACACCGUGCACAUUACCAACACGCGACGCCACGACAUAGCAGCAAUCUGUAGUGAAAACAGCUAACAGCAGUGGAAAUGUAUAGUUGUGUACUAUGGAUUUAAUAAAUAGCUCUCACAAAAGUUACCACAACUAUAUAGGCGUAUACAAUAUCAAUUUGUUUUUUUAAGGUAAUAAAUAAUAUUUUCAAUAAAACUUACUGUUUAUAUUCAUUUGCUCGGCAAUUUAUUCCCAUGCAUUAUUUCUCGUUGUAUGAUCCCUGUAUAUAGCUAAAUUAAUGUCAUAUAGAACAGGAUAUCGUUUUACCAACUCAAUUAACUGUUCGUCGGUCAUUUUAAGUGCUAAACGCCAAAUAAAUGCGGAAAAUAAUAUUAAAUUGGCAUAAAUUCUGUUUGACAGUGUGAAGAAUAGGGAUGGGGUUAAAGAAUGGGUAUAUGCUCUGUGACAGUUUUCGAACGACUGACGCGUGGCUUUGGGUGUUGUCUAGAAAU